CACAGGUGGGGAAGUGAGGGGGGGGGGGGGAUUCUGCAAUAAUAUCCGAAUAAUAAUCAUUAUAAAGUGUGAAGGAACCGGCUUCUGCCUCCUAAACAUCAGCUGAAGACAGGGAGAGGGCCAGAGGAGCACCCCGAGCCCCAGCAGAGUUGCAGCAUGUAGCUUUGGUGCCAGCACUUGGAUUUUAAAGCUGCCUUACCAGGAUGGACAGUAGCACGAUGGACAUAGAGGCUGAUGCCAGUGGGCCAGCUGUUGACUCCAUCUCAGUUUCCUCCUUAAAGUUGAAUGGUUUUAACUCGCAGUUAAGUGAUGAAGAAGACGAGGACUUGAACUGUGAGGGUGGUGAUUUGGAAGUCAAUCCUUUUGACGGACUCCCUUUUUCCUCUCGGUACUACGAGCUACUGAAAUGGAGAAAAACUCUUCCAGUCUGGAGUGUCAAAUACCACUUCAUGGAAAGCCUUGUCAACAAUAAUAUGGUACUGGUGUCUGGCAAACUAGGAUGCGGCAAAAGUACUCAGGUUGCCCAGUGGUGUGCCGAGUAUGCCCUGUCGGUCCAGUAUCAACAUGGAAUGGUGGUCUGCACGCAACCUCACAGUCUGUCUGCCAUGUGUUUAGCACAGCGUGUAGCAGAUGAACUGGACUUAAAUGUAGGUCAUGAAGUUGGGUACCGUAUUCCUUAUGAAGACUGCUGCACAACAGAAACUAUUCUCAGGUACUGCACGGAUGAUAUAUUGCUCUGUGAAAUGAUGUCUGAUCCCUUGUUACAUCACUAUGGAGUUAUAAUUAUUGAUGAAGCCCACGAGCGAACCGUGGCAACUGACGUGCUCCUUGGUUUAUUGAAAGACUUGCCAAAGCAGAGGCCAGAGCUGAAGGUUGUCAUCAUCACGGCGCCGUAUCUCGUAGACAGGCUGAGAAGUUACUACCCUGACGUGCCUUUCGUGAAAGUGGAGGGUGGUGCGGAAAAUUCAUUUCCUGUGGAAGUCAUAUACAGAGAUGGACAGUUUAAGGAUUGCGUCUCAGCUGCUUCACAAACGGUACUGGAUAUCCACAGGAAGGGGGAAGAGGGCAACAUUAUUGUCUUCCUGGCCAGUGAAAAGGAGAUAACUGACUGCUGUAGAGCUAUACGCACAGAAGGGGGAGCUAUAGGGUCUCAGUUGGGGGAGCUGAUUCCCAUUCCAUUGCAUUCGGGCAUAGGAAGCAACUUUCAAAAAAUUUAUGAAAACUGCAACCAGAAGUUUAAAGAUCACCGCAGGAAAAUCAUCAUUGCAGACUCUUUAGCUGAUUCUUCAUUUUCUAUGGAUAUUUCUUAUGUAAUAGACUCUGGGAUGGAACAAAAAACUGUAUAUAAUCCUCGCAUUCGGGCUGAUUCUCAGGUAAUUCAACCCAUUAGCAAGAGCCAGGCUGAACUGAGGUGGCAGAGAUUAGGUCACACCUGCCCAGGGAAGUGCUUCCGCUUGUACUCAGAAGCAUUCCACAAUGCAAUGGUGGAGGUUCCACCACCUCGAGUGUCUGAAACAAACCUAAGUCACCUGGUGCUUCUGCUGAAGAGGCUAGAUAUUGCGGACAUGGGACAGUGUGACUUCCUGGACAGACCAGCCCCAGAGGCACUGAUGCAGGCGCUGGAGGACCUGGAUUAUUUAGCUGCUCUGGAUGAUGACGGGAACUUGUCAGAAGUUGGAAUUAUUAUGUCUGAAUUCCCCCUGGAUCCCCAGCUUGCCAAAGCUCUUCUUGCAUCUUGUGAAUUUGACUGUGUGAAUGAGAUGUUAACAAUAGCUGCAAUGGUAAUAGCAUCACCAUGUUUUGUUGUGCCACCGAAGCAUUUGGAGGAAUCUGCAGCGAUUCGCAGAAGGGUUCUUCUGCAUCCUGAGGGUGAUCAUUUUACGCUCAUCAAUGUCUAUAAUGCCUUCAAACAGCAUAAUGAAGAUGAAACAUGGUGCCUGAAGAAUUAUCUGAGUUACUCCGCUCUGAAGUUGGCAGAUAUAAUUCGUUAUGAACUUUUGGAGCUGAUGCAGAGAAUCGAGCUGCCAAUUUCGCCACCAAACUUCGGGAUGGAUGAAAACGUGCUCAACAUUAAGAGAGCUCUGAUCUCAGGUUACUUCCUAAAGGUGGCUAGAGAUGUCGAUGGGUCUGGAAAUUACUUGAUGCUGAAUCACAAGCACGUGGCUUACCUUCAUCCUUUGUCGUGCUAUCUCACCAGAAAACCUCAGCCGCGACCUCCCUCUUGGGUCCUGUAUCAUGAGUUUACCAUCUUCCAAGACAACUGCAUCAGCGUUGUCUCUGAGAUCCAACCUGAAAUGCUGAUUGAGCUUGCACCACAGUACUACCUUAGCAACCUACCAGCUAGCGAGAGCCGUGACCUGCUCGUGGAACUUCGGGAGAAGGUGAGCGGGACUGAACCACAGCCUGAUGAAGAGGCAGAGGAAGCUCUGAAGGAAGAAGAAAAUUUAGAAGCGGGCGAAAAUGAGGAACUCUGCUUGCUUCAGUGAAUGGAGAGAGAGAGAUAAUACCACCCAAAGGGACCAGUCACUAAUGACAGCUGGCCGUCAACUUAACACGUACCACUACAUGGGAACCAAAUCCAGCAUAGGAAUAUUUCCCGCACCAUCUUGCUUCCUUAUUAAAAAAUCAACCAGAUGAAGAGAAUUUUGUUUUGCUUUCCCAAGUUGUGAUCUGCCUAAAAGGGUGGUGAUAACUGUAACGUUCUAAAGGGAGAAGGAUAAAGACCUGCAAGGAAAAGUUUGGGGAACAGGAGUAAUUGGAUAGCACUUUCAAAGAUCAGACAAUUUGGAUUGAAGGACUGUGUGAUUCUGAGAUUCUAGUCAGAAGAUAUUUUGGUUCAGAAAACAGUGAGUCACUUUCAGUUGAAAGUAUUCCCUCCUGACCUAUCUUUGUUUGCCUCUUCUCCUUCGAGUUAGAAACCUGAGGUUAGGUACACUGCCUUUUCUGGAGCUCACUGCAGAGUACAUGUAAAGGUCCCGUGUGAAAUGAAUUUAGGCAAUCUCAAUCCAUGUUCAUUAAUGGCCUAUAACAUAGAAUUAUCUUUUUUUUAAUGUGAUAGUGUGAAUUCUGCUCUGGAAAUAGUGAAAUGCCUCGUAGAUAUGUGGGGGUAUUCUGCUACUGAGAUUGGCACUUAGGCAAAUAUUUAGCUGUUUUAUCCUGCAGCUCAGUAGCAUUUUACCUCAUUACUUCUACCUAGGCAGUAGGGAAAAAACUCCCUUUCCCAAAACUAGCAUCCUUCACUUAGAACACAAACAAUAAUUUCUUUAAAAUGAAAGAAUUGAAGUCAGAGGCUCAUGAUUUUUUAAAAAAUCUACUGAUAGCAGCACGAAUUCUCUUAAAAGAAUAUCAGCUAGUUGCUUAAAAAGAACUGUGUUAGGAAAUGGAGAGUGAAUAAUGAUUAGUUAAGAUGCCUAAUGAAGACACGGUUUGUUAUACGAAAUGGCCUCUUUCUCUGGUGUAUAACACGUCAAGGUUCAUUGGCUGUUCUCCUCUUACUCCUUUUUGAUAAGUAAAUAGUACAGUUGGCCAUGAAACCUCAUCUCUACCAUGGGAAAAUUCUGUGUGGGCAGGUGUUUCUGUGUGUCUUUGCCUGUAUUUGUAUGUGUGUGUUUAUCUGUGUCUGUGCAUAUUUGUAAGUCCAAAUCAAAAAAAUAAUACUGUCCCUUGAAGUUUGCACAUUAGACAAGUAUAACUGGACAGAAGUAGUGUAGCAAUACAAAAGUCUAAUGCACUAUUUGACUUUUUAAGAAGUUGGACACUAAAUUGAUUGUACAGUUAUACAACUAGAUUUGUAACUUUCUCCUUGACUCUUUGUAAAUAGUUUGGUGGUUGUCUCAGUUUUUAUAUUUACACUCAAAACAGCAUGUUUCCAUUGGGAAUAUCCCAGAACUGAAAUGCUAAAACAGCCAACUUGUCGGUUUCUGUCUGCAACAGGGUUCUGGAAAUGGUCCCAGGUACAACCCAGAGUGAUGCAUGGAGGCACAAGACACUGCAGAUGCUGGAAUCUGGAGCGGAGAAUCAAACUGCUUGAGGAACUCAGCAGGUCACGCAGCACCUGUGGAGAGAAAUAGACCGUCAGUGUUUCGGGUCGAGACCCUUCAUCUGGACCUGAAACGUCAACUGUCCGUUUCCCUCCAUGGAUGCUGCUUGACCCACUGAGUUUUUCCAGCUGUUUGUUUUUUGCUCCAAUGUGAUGCAUACCUGACCUGGCAGUCAUCAUUGUUCAAGAGGACAGUGGUCCACUGCCAUAUAGUUAUUCUGCCCAUGCUUACUCUACAUGGUUUACUUGGUGGGUAAUGGCCAGAGGGUAUGGGUUUCCAUUCUGGUGAUGUAAAUGCAUUGUCAGAACACCUUUCCAUCCAUAGAGUUUGUUCUUUAGAUGCUUUUAAUGGUUGAUCUGCAGAACCUUUGCUUUGAACAGUACUGUAGCACAGUCUUGAAGUGCCCUAUUUAUUUCAGAACUCAACCACUUACAAUACUUUUUCCUUAUUUUUCCUAACGGAAGCCUUCAUUGGAACUUUCAAACUUGGGAAUCCUGGACUGGUAGCUAAAAGCAGACCCAAUGCAUUUGUUUAACUCCUCUGUUUUGGGUGUAUGAUUGCUCUAAUACCGUUUCUUUACUUGCUGGGAUCUCUCCAAAUCUUGGGGCUGAAGGGGGAUAUGUGAAUGGCCCCAAAACAUUCAAGUAGGCACUACCACAAGGUGCAGUUUGUAACCUUAUAGCAAAGUGGCCAGCCCUGUUCUCCCUGGCAAAUAAAUUCACAGUGUUGCUGUUGAGAUUAGAUUAUGUGCUAUAUAUUGGGUUAACUGCUCUCAAUCUCUUUGCGGCUCUGUUGCUGUGGUUUAUACAGGAGGGAAAAUAUCAUCUGGAGUUCUCAUUCUUGAUCACUCUGCACCAGCCUAUAUUGGGGAAAGUUAAUGAGGUGUUGAAUGAGUUAUAGAUUGGACAGAGCUUAUCAACUGGUGCACUGAAAGGCACUGUCUGAUCUCGAGUAUCAUCCGCAGAAAUUGAAUCCAACUUGGGCAUCAGGAAGAGUCAGAACAAGAAAUAUAAAAUUACCUUUGCAGAGUCACAUCUGCACCUUUUGGUGGUGAUGGAGCCAAAGUUUUAUUAUCACAAAAUAUGAAUAAUUGUGAAUUGUUUUAUAUUAUGAUUUUAAAAGAUCAAUGUGUUGAGCUACUGUCUCUCAACUACAAAUAUUAGCACUGUAGAGUUGAUUGUUAUGUAUAUCCACUACAAGCUUUAAAAUCAAUAUUUUAACAUUGUCCAAUUGAGACUGUUCUAAAUAAUAUUUUAUUUUCCUUUGGCAUUGCAACACCAGUUCUCAAUCAUUUCGUCUCGAGGGUGGGUUCAGAGGAAACUCAAUUAAUGUGCAGGCCAAGUUAUCUCUGAUAUUGUUCUGCUGCUGAAGAAGUUGUAGAGCAACCUCUUUCAGACCUAGUGUAACCCAAAAGAUUCACGAGUCCAGCUUGUCAGGCAA